UUUCAUCCAUGGCCAGGCGAGCAAUUCCUAUAGGACUGAAUGAUCGCCAUGUUUAGUCCGGUGUCCAACUCUUAUAAUACAUCCAUGAUGUGGGAGCUGUUCCGAUACAAUCCAGUUCCAUCUUGGCCAUCCUCUUGACUACAAAUCCCAGAGAUCUUUGCCAGGGCCUAAUCUGGUCAUAUGACCAGGCAGUAGGAGCAGGUGGUACAUGGUCAUAUGAUGUUGUCAGCCGAGGCUGAGAAGAAGCAACAUCUCAGCUGAAUCACAGUCCACAUCACUCCCUACGUUGAAAGGCACCUGCAGCUGACACACCACCAACCAUCAGGCAGAAUGUCUUACGGGUCCAUUGACGGAGGCUCCUUUGGCAGUCGUAACCCAUUUGGAGGUCCUACGAGGCAGGGCUACCAGCCAGUAGCCACACAGGUCAGCCCCUCAGAACUGCAAGAUGUAUUUCAAGAGACCUCCUCCAAUAUCUUCCAGAUCAACGCCAACGUUGUCACACUAGAGAAGAAUCUUCAAUCACUGGGAACAUCUAGAGAUACAGCAGAGCUACGACAGAGUCUACACUCCACGCAGCAGCAAACCAACAAAGUCAUCACCAGCACAAGCCAACUCAUCAAACAGCUUUCUGAUAUAAUCAGCGGCUCUUCACGGCAAGACCGUCUGCGUCUGACCAGACUAAAGACUGAACUGUCAGAGUCUGUGCAGCGCUAUGGAGAUCUGCAGAAGAAAAUUGCAGAGCGCUCAAGGGCCUUGCUUCCUCUAGCACAGAAAGACACGAAGAAGAGUCCCCAGACCCGGUCCACUGAGCAGGUGGAGGAGGGUCCACUGUUUGGAGAAGCAAUAGGCUCAGAGGGAGGAGCUCAGGCUUUCCUGUCUGAGAUCAGUGAGGAGGAUGUAGAGGUGCUUCGCCAGAGAGAGGAGGCCCUGCUGCAGAUUGAAAGAGACAUGCUGGAUGUCAGUCAAAUCAUGAAGGAUCUGGCCAGUAUGGUCCAUGAACAAGGAGACACCAUCGACAGUAUCGAAGAUUACAUCCAGACCGCAUCAUCCAACGUGGAAUCAGCCAAUCAGGAGCUCGCGAAGGCCAACCAAUACCAGAGGCAGUUGAGGAAGAGGAAGUGCUACCUCCUGGUGGCUGGAGCCAUCGUCCUCACCAUCCUCAUCAUCAUCAUUGCUGUUUCAGCAAGAAAAUGAGACUGGCCACUGUGGAAUUACUGGCCAAAUCAACUUACCAGGUCAUCAACAACUUCGAUUUACAGACAUGAAAAAUGAAGGUUUGAGUUCAGCACCAUGGACAACCAAUAAUAAUGUGUCAUGCCAUGUUUGCUGGCAAAGCUAAAAUAUGACUGUGAGUACAAAAUGGACACUGAAGUGGCUGCAGGUGACUGCUGCACAAUUAAAACUGUUCCAUGUUCCUGUUCCUGUGUUCAAACAUAGAAGAGAUAAUGGUUAAUAAAGGGGUUAGGGUUCGAGGGACUUGCAAACUGAGACAAAAAGAGAGAGGAGCAGAUAAGGUAAAUACUCUAUGGUGUGGAAAUGGGAUGUGUGCAAGGUGUGGUCUUUUUCCCAAACUUUGUAUAUAAAUCUAUAAACUUCAUUUAGUGCAGGUACAGUUACAGAGGAUGGUUUAUGACGUUUCACACUAUUGAAAGUUCAUAAAUGUUCACAGAAAUCUUUAAAACUACAAAUAUUUUCCUUGGUUUUAAGAUAGGUGAUUCAAAUCUAAUCCCUUACUCCCCUUUUUUCCUGUUUUAAGACUGAGAUUUACACUACCAGCUUGUUUGCCAAAGCCUUGAAAUCAUCAAAUUGGCCCCAGAUGUGUGUGAAAAGGUUGCUCCUCUCCCUCACUCUCUCACGAAGCCCCAUUACCCAACAUUAACAGUGUUUGUUUGUGUGAUAAAUUAUUAGUUUCUGCCCAAUGUUUCAGUUAAUCUGUCAUCUGUCGUGUCCUACAAACAACAGAAUACAAGUUCCAUCAGAGUAGUUUGUUUCACAAGGUUAUGUUUUGCUGCUUUUCUAUGUGUUUUUGAUGAGUGUGUAUUGUGAUGUUUGGACAGAUCAUCUGCUUCAUCAGUGAUAGUGUCAUAGAUGUGCAUCAUUAGAUGUUGUAAGCAGUGAGUGACUGGGCUCUGUCAAGUUGAGAGAAAGGUGAAAUUGUUCUGUAAUAAAUGAUAUUCCGUUAAAUGUAUUCUUUAUAUCAGUCCAGUUCACUCUAUGGUAACCUGAGCAGAUGGUAUGUUCCAGUUAGGUUAGGCUGAGAAGGUAAAAGACUAGUCCCUGGUCUAAUAGGAUGGAGAGUAGGAGGCAGCUUGCCGUGAGGCUUUAGGUUUUACAUGUUUUUUCCUUCAAUUCUUCAAUUUUAAAUUAUCUUUGUGGAAUUUCCAGGGGUUUAUUUUUGCUUUGGUUUCAUUAAUAUUUUACUUAAUAAAAGCCACCUUUUUUGCACAUA